GCAUGAAAAAGUUUUUGUUAAAUUUAUACGCAACAUUAGGCAAAAAGUUAGAACGUCAAGUGUCAUUAUCUCGUGACCUGACUAAAAAUUUAUCUUUAUAUAUUAGUUGUAUGAUAUGAUUUGCAUAAAAUCUUUGGAGUAAGACAGAUAAAAUAAUUAAUGACUUAAAUCUACUCCUCCUUUACUUGAUAUCUUUAUUUAAUCAUGUUGGAGGACUUAUUCUACUAUCUUUCUCUGCCUCCACCAUUCAACUUCAUCAAUUUUCUUUAUAUUAUUUGUACGCAAAUAAAAUAAUAAAUAACCAACUUUCAUUUUCAAUUUAUAAACCACCCCUUUCCCUUAUUGAAUUUGAUCAUCAUAUCCGUACUUUUCCUUCCUUCUCUCUCUUGUUUCCAUCAUCAAUUUGUUAAAGGGCUCUGAAAACCUGGAUUUUCUGUUCAAUUCUUUUUUCUUUUUAUUUUUGCGUAAAUUUUACCCUGUCAUCCUUUUAACUAUAUUCGGUCGACAUAAUUUCCCAAUUCAAUUUUCAUCUCAUAUAAAACAAUAUUUGAUUGCGGAGAAUAUUGAAUAUCAUGUAAAUAUUGUAUGACUUUCCUUUAUAAACUCGCAGAAAUUGAUCAACACAUUACGAAACAGAAGAUGGUUUACUUUGAGUUAGCUUAAAGAUUUUCAAUUCCCUAUAUUUUACUUCUUCUGCUUUGGUCUCCCCGAAUUUUCGUGGAAAUAAUAAGCAAGUUCUCGCUGUUUUAAUACAACUCCUCUUUGUGUCAACAAUUAAUUUUUGGGGUCUUUAAUACUCUGUAAUAUAUUAAUAUAACGGAGUAUUAUUUACUUUAUUAAAGUAAGAUAAAGAAAAAACAUUAGAAAUCCUCCGAAAAAAAAAAAAAAAAAAAAAAAAAAAAAACUAAACUGUACUCCGUUAUAAAGAGUAAUAUUUCCGCUGUCUAAACCGUCAAAUACUUUAAAAAAAAAAAUAAAAAUUCUAACCCCGUUUACAUCUUCCUUCUCUCUCUAUCUAUCCUAAGGAAAGAAGUAUCCUCCGACAAUCUCUCUUCCCUUUUUUUUCUCCUCUGUUUUCUUUUUCCCAUUAUUACAUUCUAUUUUUUUCUUUUUUUUUUUUUUAAAAGAGUUUAGGGAGACAGCUCCCUUUCUCCCUACCCUAGAUUAAUUUUCUCCUUUUAAAUCAAUAUUAAUCAGUCAAUCAUGGUUGUUGUAGAAUCAGGAUCAAUGCAUUCCAACCUCGAUUGCUUCCUCCAUUGCACUACCCCUGUUGUUCCUUCCCAAUUCCUCCCCAAGUCAGAGAUGAGGAACUUGAAUAGGUUAUGGCAUCCGUGGGAAAGAGAAAAUGUGGAAUAUUUCAGGUUAAGUGAUCUUUGGAACUGUUACGAUGAAUGGAGUGCUUAUGGUGCGGGUGUUCCCAUUGUUCUUGAUUCGGGUGAAACUCUUGUACAAUACUAUGUUCCUUAUCUCUCUGCAAUCCAAAUCUUUACCAGCACUCCUUCCCCACCUAUUUUCAGGGAGGAUACGGAUUCGGCCGACGGCGAAACGAGGGAUUCGUAUAGCGAGUCGUGUAGUGAUGAAAGUGAAUUGUCGAGAUGGGAUGGAUGUUCAUCCGAAGAAGGUGGGUUUGAACAAGAGAACUUAUGGCAAUUGAAUGAUAGGUUGGGUUGCCUUUAUUGUCAAUACUUUGAGAGAUCAACUCCGUAUGGUAGAGUUCCUCUUAUGGACAAGAUUAGUGAAUUAGCUCGGAGAUACCCUGGAUUAAUGUCAUUAAAGAGCGUUGAUCUCUCUCCCGCUAGUUGGAUGGCUGUUGCCUGGUAUCCAAUAUAUCACAUUCCAAUGGGGAAAACUAUAAAGGAUUUGUCUACAUGCUUCUUGACUUACCACACCCUUUCAUCCUCGUUUCAAGAUAUGGACCACGACGACGACAUGGAGGCCCCAGAAUGGAUAAGGAAGAGAAAGGAAGGAGAAGGCAUCCCUCUCCCAGCUUUUGGUCUUGCCACUUACAAAAUGCAAGGCAGCGUGUGGGUUUCGGGGAGGGGCGGUCGGGACCAGGAUCGAGUUGUGUCACUCUUGAGUGUUGCUGAUUCUUGGCUUAAACAACUUAGAGUUCAACACCAUGACUUUAACUAUUUCACCGGGAUUAGGCGUGGCUGAAACGUGUUUCAAUCCUUCAUUGAUCUCUUAACAAAAAUCUUCUCCUUUAACCCACUGUAAAGGAAACUGACCCAAGAGUUCUCCCAUUUUUCUUGUGGUUUCUCUCUUUCUUUUCUUGGUUUUCUGUUAAAAAAAAAAAUGUAUCUAAUUUGUCUGUCCGUCGAGAACACCUAAAUUAGCAAAAAUAUAAAAGGUCGAAAACCCCCCUCAGUGUCUCCCUGUAAUGCACAUCGAAGCACUCAUCUCAGUACUAUAUCUUUUCGAUCCGAUUUCUUGUUGGAGUCUCUCAUUUUAACUUAGUAGAAUUUGGGAUAGGUGAACCCAAAACUUUGCUUAAACAACGGUUGAUAAGUGAUGAGUUUAAUUUAGAGCCUGAAUACGAGUUCGUGACAACAGUGGAUAUGGUAGUAGGGACCUGCUGGGGCUGAUAAGAGUAGUAGUUGGUUGAUUUCGUGGCGUUGAUAGUGGAGGCUUAUCUAGAGCUUUAGUUCCCCCUCACCAAUCUUUGGUGGUACUCAAUACGGAGUACUUUUUCACGAGCAAAAGAAGAUGGUUAUCUUGCUUUUUUCAAGUCAUGGGUGGAUUGGUCCAUAGAAUAAUGUGGAUAAAAUGUAGAGAAAAAGGCAGAGCAUGUACUACUUUGUUCAAAAUGUUAAUUUUUCAAGGGGUUGUGGUGUAUAUUCUUCUCUAUUUCAAUGUAAUGAAUCCAUGAAAGAUGCUUGAAAAAACGCUUUGUAGAAAGCUCUUAUUGCAUCAAAUAAUCAGAUCUAUCUUUAUGUA